AUGGCUCAAGUAGGGUUCGCUAGUUUUCAGAGGUAUCCCGUUCGACGUUUCAACCAACCAAAUGUUCGUCGUCUACCUCCACAUAUUCAAAGAAUCAAAGCUACAUCAAGCAGUGUGCCAGUACGGACAACUACUGUACAAUCACUUCCUUAUAAUUUUAAGAAUCUUGAAAACAUCACAUCAAUCCGUCAACUACUCAUGGAAACCGCAACUUCGCCGAUGAAAUCAGUGGGACCAGUCGCUAGAAUAACACAAAAUAUCAGUGAGUCACAAACCUGUCCAGCAGUAUCAUGA